AUGGCUCAAAAAACAGUGCUGAUUACAGGAUGUUCCUCUGGAAUAGGUCUGGCUAUUGCUGCAAAGUUAGCAAAGGACGAGCAUAAAAGAUUCAAAGUCUAUGCAACAAUGCGAAAUCUGGGGAAAAAAGACAGUCUAGUAGCAGCUACAAAUGAAUGCCUGGAUAAAUCAUUGGAGAUUAAACAGCUUGAUGUGUGCUGUGAAGAAUCAAUAAGAAACUGCGUAAACAGUAUUCCAGAUAGAAGAAUUGAUAUUUUAGUUAGUAAUGCUGGAAUGGGACUUAUCGGUCCAAUUGAAUGUCAGACCAUUGAAGAAAUGAAAACCGUGAUGGAUACAAAUUUCUUUGGACUUGUUCGACUGCUGAAGGAAAUACUCCCUGAUAUGAAGAAGAGGAAAAGUGGACACAUAGUAAUAAUUAGCAGUGUUAUGGGGAUUCAAGGCAUUUUGUUCAAUGAUGUUUAUGCUGCCUCAAAGUUUGCAGUUGAAGGUUUCUGCGAAAGUCUGGCCAUCCAAGCGCUCAAAUUCAAACUGCAACUAAGUCUCAUUGAGCCGGGCCCAGUCAUCACAGAAUUUGAAAGAAAAGUGUAUGAUGAUGGAAUGAAAAUGGACUUAUCUGCUGCCGACAAGGAAACAGCUGACAUGUUUACUCAUGUGUAUCUUAAAAACUACAAAUCCAUUUUCCAAAGCUUGGGUCAAACAGCCGAAGAUGUAGCAGAGCAUACAAUGAAGAUAAUUCUGGCUGAAAACCCACCAUUCCGUCACCAGACCAACACGCUGUACACGCCAAUGACAACUCUCAAAUAUGCGGAUCCCAAUGGCGACUUGCCCAUUGAUACUUUCUAUAAUAUGGUCUUCAAACACGAUAAAGUUUUCAAUGCCAGUCUUAAUUUUAUCAAACUCUUAAGAUGGAGGAGUAAAAAGAGUUUUGACUUUGGAAAACCAUCAUCAUAGAUAUAUCGAAUACACAUGAAAAAAGAUUCAUUCUGGUUAAAGAGACUUUUUUAUUUUAAUAUUAAUUUUCCCCCUAAUGUGUCUCCAAUAACUUUGUAUACCAGCUGCAGAAUUUGAUUUGUGUGGAAAAUGUUCCUUUAGAUUUAUUUUUGUUUAUGAAAUAUUUGAAUGUUUGUUUCUAAUAAUUGUAAACACAAACAGUGGGUUGAGCUUUCAGGCAGAGCAGACCUCCCUCUCUAAAUAUACACAAAGUCAUAUUUAU